AUGGGAACUUUGCCCGUCAUUAAUUCGAGUGAAUUUCGUAAUAAAAAACUUAAUGAUUAUCAUCUUUAUGAGCAGUUGAAUGAUGAAUUUCGCCAAAAGGCUACUUUGUUGGAUACAAAUUGCAACAAAAAAUAUAGUGGUGAUUUUAAUUUAAUUCCCAACAACCAUCAUUUUCAUAGUAUACCUAAAAAACAUAAAUACGAAUUUUUUAGCAGUAUCAACAAAAAUUUUAGCAAAUCCUCGUUUACCAUUGCCAAUGAUUGUUGCAACAGAAUAAAAAAGAGUAAUAGUACCUCGCCCCACAGGAUCAAAGAAAAUAUUCCUUCUUGGAAAAUGACCAAUCAAAAAUGGGAAAGCGGUGACAUCAUACCUAAGAACGCUACCCGCCAUAUAAUUCAAAAAUUUGAAGAAGAGAGCGUAAAGGCUAAAGUACAAAAUGGAUCUAAAAUUCCUCCUACCUAUUCGAAAGGCGAUAUUAAUCCUAAUAUAUCAAAAAUCAUUUCCACCAUAGUAAGUAAAAACCAAUAUUUUUAUAAUAAUAAUAGGGAUAGCAAUAAUGAUAAAGACAACAAUGUCUCCUCCCCGAACGGUGAUAUCAGGGCAAAUAGUACGCUUACCCGAUUAAAGGGGAAAAAACCUAGUUAUGGCGAAGAUGACACUCAUAAAUCGAAUUCGAAGAGACUAUUAUUCAGCAGCAAGGGAACAGUACGGGGUAUACGCAGUAAGGUAUACGAGAUAGUCAGAAAUUAUAUCGAUACGAAUAUCGCAUUAAAAAAAAAAUUAUUGAACGAAAAGGUUACCAUAUACACCACAACCUGCACAGCCCUCAGGGAGACAUAUACAAGAUCCGAAAAUGCCAAAACAUUACUGAAUGCUAUGAAUGUAAAAUAUGAAGAAAAAGAUUGUUAUAUAGACUCGAAAUAUACCCAAGAAGUCAAAAUGUUAUUUCCGACCCAUGAUUUACCUCAAUUACCCCAAAUAUUCAUAAAUACUCAACAUUUAGGGGGUUACAAAGAGCUCGAAGAACUUAACGAAGCCGGUAUAUUAGGUGAAAUAUUAGAAAAGUACAAAAUGGGAAUUCUAAAACCUCAUUGCUUGAGUUGUGGCGAUUUGAACUAUGUUAUGUGUCCAAAGUGUCAUGGGGGAAAACGUUCCGCAAUUUUCAACUCAUUCUCCCAAAUUCCGCUAAAGUGUGUUCAUUGUGAAGAAACGGGUCUUAUAAGAUGUCAAAAUUGUAGUUAAUAAAUUGUAUAAAUAUACGCCGAUUAUA